AUGGAUCCCAACUCUGGCUAUCCUGCCGGCUAUCCCGUCCCGACUCAGAGCCCCCAAAAUCAACAGAUGCCCUUCUACCCUAAUCCAGCUCCCGCAUACCCCCAGCCCAAGACACCAUCCACUCAGCAAUUUGGUGCUAUGCCAAUGCAGCCAGGUCCUGGUGGAGCAAUGGUUCCUUCAGGUUUCCCCCAGUCAUCCGCACCAAUGGAAAACUACUCGGCGCCCUUCACGCAAGCCCCCAUGCCCGGCCCCAUGGGCCAAUUCGUCCCUCCUCCAGGCACAUCCGGCGCGAACAUGCCCUCCCAAGUAGCACAGACUUUCUCUCAGAAUAUGGCAUCGAUAUCAGCAAACAACUUGCUCAACGCGCAACCCAAACCCCCUUCACAAAUGAACUCCCCACAAAGCGGUGCAUCCCCUGGGACUCCGGCCCAGGCCCAGGCCCAAGCCCAGCUUGCCGCGCGUGAAAAGGCUCGUGUCACGGUUCUCCUCGAUAUCAACUCGGCUCUGCUGGAGGAGGUUGUGAACCUUCAGGCCGCUGGCAAGGCUGGACCGGCGUCCAACCCGGACACCAACUCACCGACCUCCGAGGCCCCAGAUGCAUCCAAGGCGAACCAGAAACCCAGCCCAGAAUAUAUCGAAUGCAUGCGCCGCCUACAAGCCAACCUUGCCUAUCUAGCGACCAUCGCCGAUCGCGCGAAAAAGGCUGGUGGCGUGGUCCCUCAAACACUGGCGAUCAUGACCCCGCCCCCUAACCUCCCGGCUGUAAACGAGUUGUACGCCAAACUAAAUGAUCUUUUCCCUCGAUCGGGCAAGGCUUCCACUCCCCAACGACUCAGCCCCAACGGCGGGCCCAGUCCCCGCUCCAUGAAUGACUCGAUGGUCUGA